CGAAACAAUCGGUCUGAAUGAUAUAAUUUUUUUGAAUAAAGUAUAAUUUUAUGUGAAUUAUUUAUAAAAUUUAACAUUAGCUAGAGUGAGUGGUCACUUGAGAUUGGGAGUUGAGGUGAAACUACUGGAGAAUAUGUUGAGCUUUAUUUCAGUUUCUUGUGUCGUAGCUUUGCUAGUCUGUGCAUGGGGAGUCUUGAAUUCGAUGUGGUUGAAACCAAGAAGGCUGGAAAAAUGCCUCAGAGCACAAGGUCUUAAUGGAAAUUCCUACAGACCAUUCUUUGGGGACUUGAAAGAGUUAGCAAUGAUGCUUGGGGAAGCCAAAUCCAAGCCAAUCAGUCUCUCUGAUGAUAUCGUGCCCAGAGUCAUACCUUUCCACGUCAAAACCAUCAACAAAUAUGGUAGCAAUACUUUUCUGUGGCUCGGGCCUAAACCUUCAGUUAUCAUCCGGGACCCUGAACUUCUCAGGGAGAUCUUCCUUAAGCAUAAUCUCUUCCCAAAGCAACAUUCCAAUCCACUUGGAAAAUUGCUGGCGAAAGGGCUACUAGACUCUGAGGGAGAUAAAUGGGCUAAAGAUCGGAAAAUAAUUAAUCCUGCUUUCAAUUUAGAGAAAAUCAAGCUUAUGCUGCCGGCUUUUCAUUCGAGUGCCAGUGAGAUGUUGAGGAAUUGGGAGGAAAAAUUUUCGCCAGAAGGAUCUUGUGAGCUGGAUGUUUGGCCUUAUCUUCAAACCCUAACUGGUGAUGUGAUUUCUCGCACAGCAUUUGGUAGUAAUUAUGAAGAAGGAAGGAAAAUUUUAGAACUUCAACAAGAACAGGUAGACCAUGUUGUGACAGCUGAAAGGUCAUUAUAUAUCCCUGGAAUGAGGUUUUUGCCAACGAAGAGAAACAGAAGAAUGAAGGAGAUUGAAAAAGUAGUUCAAGCAACAAUAAGGGACAUAAUUGAUAGGAGAGUGAAAGCAAUGAAAGCAGGGGAAGGAAGAAGGGACGACUUAUUGGGCAUACUGUUGGAAUCUAACUUUAAGGAGAUUGAUCAGUAUGGCAGCAAAGAUUUUGGUAUGAGCAUCAAAGAUAUAAUUGAAGAGUGCAAACUCUUCUAUUUUGGUGGGCAGGACACCACUUCAACCUUGCUGGUAUGGACCUUAAUUUUACUGAGCAAGCAUCAAGACUGGCAGUCAGUCGCUAGGGAAGAGGUUUUGCAAGCGUUUGGAAGAGAGGAGAUAGAUUUUGAUCGCCUCAGUCGCCUCAAAACUAUCUUGUCAAGUAUCUGUCCUGCCACUGGAAAACUUGGUUCCAGUGUGAAUAGCUUUACAGAUGAGUAA